AUGGCGACACGUCUAGUUCAAAGAUCUGCUGCUGCUCUUAAAACUUUUAAAGGACGGCAGAAUAAUGCAGAAAUUUUUGUUAAAAGAAUCAGUUGGGUAACGGGUGCAUCGGAACUAACUGACUAUUUCUCUCAGUUUGGUAAAGUCCGAAACAUCACGCUACCAUUUGAUUUAAGGACGGGUCUGCACAAGGGUUUUGCGUUUAUUUCAUUUGAAAAUAAUGAUUUCUAUGAAAAUAUCAAGAAAUUCGAAGGAAAACACAUUAUUGAUGAUCAGGAAGUAAUUUGUUCACUAGCGAAUGAUGGAAAGUCAUUGUUAUUGACUGAUGCUGAUGCGAUAUCAAUUAAUAACGAAAAUAGUUCUGAAAUAGAUGUUUCAAAGGCAAAUCUCGACAAUGAAGUUGGGGCAGUUGAAUUCAUUAGAACGGGGAUAAAUGUGAAGGGAAAGAACAUAAAACAUAAAGCCAAUCCGAAAAUAAUUUCCACAAACAAUAUGGAUUAUCAAGACUCCAAAGAACGUUCGAAAGAAACAAACUUGCUACAAAAAUUGUAA